AUGCUGGUACUACGACGGGAGGUACUGGACGAUGUGGAAGCUGCCAAUGUUUGGAUGCAACGACUCCUCUCAGUUAGCCAAACGUCUAUAAUCGAUGUUUGGCUUUCGACAGCAAGCGCCAAGUUCAAUGCAUGGCCUUUAUCAUCCAAAAGCCCACUGCCUCCAACGAAAAGCGCUUCUUCUUGA